AUGCGAAACGCGACGCCAGCUCCCACCAUGUUGCCUGCUCGGCUUCACCGGAGGCUCCACAGCGCCGUCCAGGCCAAGCAGAAAGAUAGGCAGACCAUUUCCCAGCUGGAGAAGAGGCUCAAGUCUGAGCAGGAGGCACGGGCCCUGGCUGAGAAACAGCUGGCCAAGGAGAGGAAGAGGAAGAAGAUGGAGGAGGCCACGGCUUCCAGAGCUGUAGCAUUAGCUACUGCCACUAGAGUGGAGUCUAAUGACUCUCUUCGCGUUCGUAUCAGAGAGCUAGAGACGGAGUAUAAGAAGCUCAGCUUGGACAUGAAACUUAAGGAGGAGCAGAUUAGGGACCUGGAGGGCAAGUGUCAGGAGCUGAGGAAGUACAAAGAGAAUGAGAAGGACACAGAGGUGUUGAUGUCAGCACUGUCAGCCAUGCAGGACAAGACCCAGCACCUGGAGAACAGCCUCAGUGCUGAGACCAGGAUCAAACUGGACCUCUUCUCUGCACUGGGAGAUGCCAAGAGGCAGCUGGAGAUAGCACAAGGCCAGAACCACCAGAGGGAGCAGGAGAUCGCAGAGCUGAAGCAGAAGAUAGCCGAGGUGAUGGCGGUGAUGCCGAGCCUGUCUUACUCGUCGGACAGCAGCAACCUCAGCCCCGUCACCCCGCACUACUCUUCCAAGUUCAUGGACAAUAGUCCCUCCUCCCUGGACCCCAACGCCUCAGUCUACCAGCCCCUCAAAAAGUGACUCUGACGUCCACACUUUGUGUCAGACAGAACUUUUUCUCUUUCUUUAUUUCAGUGACGUUCUCAGUUCCGGCUUUUUGUUUUUCAGUUUACCAGCCCCUCACAAACACAAACAUUCACACACACACACACACACACACACACACACAUACACAUACACAUACACACACACACACACACAGUGCACACAGCCCCUCUAUAUAUGUGUACUUGGGUGCGAUUUUGGUUCUAUUGUGAGAACUAUUAUUUUUUUAGAGGGUUGUGUACAAUCAGAUUCUUUUUGUUUUUACUAUUGAGUUUUGGGAUUUAGCCAUUAGACGGCAUUAUCUGUUUAAAGGGGGAGGAAGGAACAUGCAAUUUGUCGGCCAAACUUUAACUUAAGAGCCAUCAUGCAUCACGUGAUGUCAGUCUUCUUUUGCUGUACAGUUUGAAUCCCCCCCACAGCCAUACUCACUUCUAUAUUGAACUCACUCCCAGACCUUUUUAUUUGAAAACAACAAUUGGCCUCCAUGAUCGUUUAUAUAAAGACAGAAGACGUGUUUAGAUUUGUAAAGUAAAGCCAGGUGUGAGAUACAUGAAUGUAAAACUAUUCAUGUUUUGAUAUUGCCAUCUUAUCAAAUCAGUGAUUGUUUGUUUUGUAACGUUUCAGUUCAGUUACACCAAUGUACAUUUCCUAGAAGAUAGUGAUAUAGAGCAGGUACACAUUUGCUAUAUUCUUCAGAUAUUCUAGUACAAUUUUGCCCCUUAAUGCUGGAAUUUAGUAGAUUCUCCAGGAUUAUUAUUAAGUGGAUGAAGCAGAUUCCGUUUUGUCCGAAAAUAAAAUAAAAAUGCUGUUCGAUUCCAACCCUGGCACUGCCAAAAGCGUUCACCUGUUUGCUGCCGAAACCUUUCCUCUCCCUCUGGUCCAAAUUAGAACCCGUUACGCCAUAUUGUCCACUGGAUUUAAUGAUGUCAAGGUAACCAGUCGUUAGCAUUAUUUGCAGAUCUUACAGUGCCUUUCAGUUUCUCUUUUUUUUAGACGCAGAAACCACAUACCUGGGAUCUAAAAGCAUCAGACUUCAAAAUCGUCCCUUUUGUCUCUAUGGCUGUGAAUCGCCUGAUUUCUCACAAUCCCAAAAUUUCAAUUCAGUAUUCAAAAGUUAAACCAAUGAAGGGUCACCUCAGAGAAGUUCGAUCGCUUUGAGCUCAUUGAUCUUCGCAAACUUAAAAGGGAAGACCUUACUUAAGGUGCAUGUCAUUUCACAGUGACACAGUAUUGGUAUGCCAGACACCAGCCAAACCGAUUGUCUAUUAUCAUGCCCUAGUCUCGGCAUUUAGCUGUUUACAAAAAUGUACAUUAAGAUAUUGAGGAAUGUUUAUUGUUUGUUUCUUUUCCGUUCUUAAGUGCCAAGUGUUGAUGUUUGGUUUUCAUCCAUACUUUGAUCGAUGUAGCUAGCAUAAGGUUUGCAGAAGAGUGCUGUCAUUUUGUUUUGUUGUCAUUAGAACAUAUUGGGGUGGUGUUGUGUUUACAUGGUGCUGGGCUAAUCUUGAUGACGCAGAAGAUGGUCAGUCGGACCGAUUGUGUUAUUCACUCGUUUAUUUAUUUGUUCCAGACCUUUAAUUGAGAGGCACCACUUUGAUAUCUCCCAUCAUGUUCAGUUGAUUUCCCAAACGUCCACCAGGAAAGAUUCAGUGAAUGUGUUGUGUUGGGGGAACGGUUACCCCUGAACCGUUUGACCAUGUUGUGCUGUCAUGUUUCCUACCUGGGGGAGAAAAAAAAAAAGUAUUUUUUUGUGGAUUGCUCUGGCGUUGUGACUUCAGUUCUCGAGUUGCUUUUACAAGUUUGUGUAGAAGGAGGAAAAGUUUGAAAACAAGUGCUUUGUUUUAUUUCAUCUUUGUUCCACCAUGCUUAUUUUCUCAAAGUGAAGGUGGCUAUGUCACCUUCCUCACUUUGACCAUCACUAUUAAAGAAAGUCUUGCUGGUGGCAAUGCAAGCCGUUAA